UAUGAUGCAGUGCUCCGACGAUGCUGCUGCUUAUCUCUUCUGCGCAUUAUUUAUCGGGCCCGGAGGGGGGGAUAAUCUCUGGGCGACUUUGCGGCAAUUUUAGGGCGCUUUAUUGAUAUUGUCUUUGCGUUUACCAUGUUUCAAUUUCAAGCAUUGACAGCGUUCUUACGGUUCUGAGCAUCAACAAUCUAAGCCAUCUCUUCCUUCGCCAGAGCAUGGCUGACGUGCUACAGUUAGCUGCAAGUGUGAAAUUUUACCUCUGAUCCAACAUGUCGUUCCUUUCGAUGGUUCCAAAGAUUCUCUUCGUACUGUAUUGUGUAAUAAAUAACACGAUCUUUGCUACACCUCCACGGCCUUAUAAUAAAGAUAGUCUGUGGGUAUUCCAGGUAGUGAUGACAUCAGAUUAGCAGCCAAUCAGGAAGAUGCGUUGUUCUACGUUUAGUUGCAUGUAUGAAGAUGUGUGUUGUCAGUUCACUAGAUCUAAAAUCUAGUUUUGUAGACAGUUUAGUUUAGAUAGUGUAGUGUGUUGUGUUCUGUUGUCGUGUUGGUAGUCUGUAGUGUUUGAACUAUACUGUUAUAGUUUUAUAGAAGAUUUUUGCCAGACUGCUUGCACUACUUUGUCGAUCGCCUGAUAAAACAGUGAAUUCCACAAAUUUUUGAAAAUCGUUUUUUUGCAUUUUUGAAAGUGCUCGGUGAGAUGCAUGUCCUGUCCCCACAGAAUUAUUCUAAAUUGCAAAUUUAGAUGGCCAAAUUAUGCAAGACGAAUGGAAAAUUAUGCUAGUUACCGUAACGCCAUUCACGAUGUUUUGCACUUUUUCAGUACAAGAAUUUUCAUGUUUCAGAGAUGUAUGUGUACAGGAGAAUUGAUAACAGAACAUGCUAUCGGUAUCAGUAGUUUUUUUGUGAAACACAAGUCAGAAAAAAGAAACAACCAAAAAAUACAAUCUCUGUAACUUUCAGCUGUAUAGAGGAAAGAAAUAUAUUUGAAUAUAAAAAACAGAACAUCUGGACCUCUGAUGCUGUCUCAUCACUAAAGCCAGGGGCACCUGGCAAACUUGAAACAUCAGCAGACUUGAAAACAACUUUUGAUGGAUUGAAAAAUUGAACAUGCUCAAGGAACAAACAUCUCUAACAAGGGAAAUAACCAACUUGUCAUUUAAAUAAGACUUAUUAUGAUUACUUCCACUUCCAUUCAGUAACAUGGCGAGGCGUUAAAUUAUUUUGUGAAAAAUGUUAUUGUAGUUUAACUAUACAUGCAUACGGUUUUACUACACACACCCACCUCAUGUAGCGAUCCAACUUGCACUGACUCGUCGCAACUCUCUGCGCUGCGCCUCGACCGCUACUCACGCAGUCUUCAAAAGUCCGUGGCUCACGCCUCGGCCUGUCCUUGGUUUCUUCAAUGUCAACCGUACUCGACUACUUUCCCGAGAAUCACACAGCUAACCACAGUUAUUUUAAAAUGUGAAAAACACAGGGAAUCCAAAAUCAUGCAAAUGUUGCAGAGAAGUAAGCAAAAAAACAUGGCAGCGCGGCGGCCGCACAUUCAUAUAAUCCGACGGGGACAAGAUGUCCCUAUAAAAACCGUUUUUCAAUUAUCUCAAACGUGUAGUCUGACGUAAUAAGAAAAUACACCAGCUGUGUGGAAUUCACGAUCUCAUCAGUCGAUUUAUGACUCGCGGGGCUGAGCGUUGGCACUGUGAGCUCCUCUUAAUCUUUAGACCAUUGAAAUAUGGGUGACUGCAUUUAGCAAACACAAUGGUCGGUCAGUAUUUACGGUUUACAGGCGAAAGAUUAUAAUUAAUAAUGAUAUCGACUGCAUGCGUUUUGCCUGAAAACCUCUCUGUCACAUAAUUAAUGGUAUAUUCUUUCACAACGACUGUCAAAUUCGAAUGUGUAAUGUGUGUGACCUUCUAGUAGAAGGUUAUAUAAUACAAUUUUGAUCUUGCUCCUUUGCACAAGAAAAAGUAAUAAUGAUAAUUUAGUCAAGUAUAAAUUAUAAAUUACAAGUAUAUUAUUUCUGUGCUGUAUCACAAUCCAAACUUGUUUGACAUUGAAAGCUCACUGAUUUGACAUCAGAGUUCCCUAAUGAGAACAGAAAUUUUGCAAAGCUGAGCAGUGUGAACCACUUUUGACAUCAAAGAAAGCUGCAGAAAAUUCAGCUCGUAAAUAAUAGAAGAACGAGACCUAAAUGAAAAAAAGUGUCAUUCAAAGUACACAAUGCUUUGGAACAGUUCAAAUGUGCUCUUUUUAACCUCAGAGAGAGAGAGAGAGAGGGAGAGGGAGAGGGGGAGGGAGGGAGGGAUAUGUAAUAAAUUUUUGUACUGAUAGAGAUUCUACCACAUGUCAACGAAGAUGUGACCCACAACCUAUAUGUACUAGUGUCAGAAAAAAAAAGAUGAUUACAAAAUAACAAGCAUGAUAUGAGAAAAAUAUUGAGAAUACACCUUAAGACCACCUAUUAAACAAACAACAAUGUAAAAAUGUAUUUGAACCUCCCCAAAUAUUGCAGUUGUGGAAUGAACUAAACCAAGCAAAAUGUUGAGAAUGUAAUGCCUCCUAUUGUCACUGUUGCAAGGGAAAUGCAGCGCUCCUUUUGACCAUGCUUUAAUGGAUGAGAGCAAGAAAACGCUGGAAAUUUAAAGGGACUCUUUUUUAACAUGUGACAGCAAAGAUACGAUGUCUAUUGAAAGGAGGUGACUCUAUCCUGUUGAUGAUUUGAUUUAACAGGAUGUCGUCUGAUCUGUCAUAUGAAGCGUCUGACGAGGCAUCGGAGAAUGAGCUGCUGGACCGCAGUUUGUCCGUCUGGCGGGGCUGGAGCGCCAUCGACUGGGAGGACUUCACCCCAGUCCCCCUUGACCUUCACACCGCCUGCAGCAUCGGUCAGUACGACUGGGUCCGUGCCAUCAUCAGCAAAAAGGAGGCGGAUUCUCUGGACAGGAAAAACCUCGGUGGCUGGACUCCACUCAUGUAUGCCUGCUACAUCGGCCACGACAACAUCGUGAACUUGCUCAUCCACGCCGGCUGCAGUAAGGAUGUCAAGAAUCCUCGCGGGCACACCCCGCUCAUGUUGGCGGCCAGCUGUGGGAAUGAGACUGUUGCGCGCACGCUUGUCAGGAAUGGAGCGGGACUUGACCUAGUGGACAAGUUCGGACUGACUGCUUUGUUUCACGCCACGUACGCCGGACACCAGAACUUUGUGGCUUUUCUGUUGGAGGCCGGGGCCAGCACCGAUGCUCUAGAGCCGGGCACAGGGAUGACUCCACUGAUGAAAGCAGCGUCAGAGGGCCACGAGAUUAUUGUGCAGCUGUUUCUGAAACACGGUGUGAAUGUCCACGCCAAGGCGUACAACGGCGACACGGCCAGGUCAACGGCUCUGCUCAACGGGUACAUGAAAAUUGUCAGUCUCAUCGACAACCACAUACUGCCUCCAGGCUGCCUCAGGACAGAGCCGGGGUUGGACUUUUAUCUCAGCUCAUCGGACGAGGCUCCUUCCCGGAAACGUCAACUGGCCAAUGGCAACGUCCGAGGGAAAAUUCGUGGACCCAGCAUCCGCGACGGUCCUGAGGCUAUUGCUCGCAUGAUUGGUCGGACCCGCAAUCCCGAGACUGCCGGAGGACACAGCCCGCAACUCUCCCGCGGCUAUGUGGGUUUCCCGUCAGAGGAGGAGGGCAAAGAGCAGCGACAUUUGUCCUAUAGGGAGGUCACAUCGCCCAUCAACCCAGACGACUUUACCGACAGCCCAGGGAGUAGAGAUGCUGACGAUUGCAACGACGACAGCAAUGCUUUCACCAAGACAGGGGCCAUAACCAUUAAGAGCAGUUCCAGCUCCAGCGGCGGUCUGAUGGCAGCCCUUGGCCUCAGCCGUGAGGGCAGCAUCGACAGCGACGACUCUCCUUCCUACGCCGCACGAACUGGCCUUUCUGGUGUUGGGAAGCUGAAGAGUUCUGCUGCUGACAACGACGACGCUAGUGGUGGCGGUUUCGAUGGUGUUGGUCAGGAAGUUCGCUGCGACAGCGCUGAUGGGAAUAACAGAAAUGCGAGGGCUGGUGGGUUAGCUCCGUUGAUAGUUCCUGGUUCGGGAGAUUUGCAAGAGUCCCUUCAGACUGGGGAGCGAGUGGGCGGAGGGGUCUCGCCUCUCAGGGAUUAUUUUCCUGUUGAGGUUUCUUUUCCCGUCGGAGUUGCUCCGUUUCCUGAAGCAGGGGACUCUCGUGCAACAGGAAAUAGAGUCCCCGCAGAGGGCGUUUUGCCGAAAGGAAGUGACGCAUUGCCGCUAGAGAAUAUGACGCAAACGGAAAUUGUCAACAGAUUUCUGAAUAAUUUGAGUGUGGGGGAUGAUACAGAGCGGGGGGAGGGGGAUAUAGGGGGGAAGUUGGGGCCUCAUAAGGGUGUGGUCAAUACUGGCUUGAAUGUAACUGACAUUUUUUCAGAAAUUUCUGGACCAGUUCCUGACAAAUGUUUAAGUGGUGAGAGGGUGAUGGAGAGGCUUGAAAGGAUGAGACCAGCUGGUGAUAGUGCUGGCAUCGAUCAACGAUCACCUCAGAGUCUACUUGGAGAUUCUUCAUUACCUGGUGAUCCCACGAGUGCUCCUUCCUUUUACAACUCCUCAUCUCUGUCCAGCAUACAUGGGAGUCACCUUCAGCAAAAACACCUGGAGACUCAGCCGCGGCAGCAGCACAUUCAGCAGCAGCACAUUCAGCAACAGCAGCAGCAGAUUCAGCAGCCUUCGUCCAGGGCAUUCCUGCCACGCCUCAACCACCACCACCCCCUGCACAACCGGCACAGCCACAACAAUGUUGCCGCAAUACAACCCAUAAUGGGAAACCCGCCCGCACCAGCCAGCCAGCCCGGGAACUUGCUACCUCCCCGCUCCUUCCCUCCUGGCGUGAGCGGCAAGGCAGAUCAGGGACUUCAGAGCGUCCCGCAGCAAUAUUUCUAUCGGGAUAUCGACACCCUGGGACAGUUCCAGUCCUUGCCGCAAGUCUCUGCUCAAGCUCACCCGGGUAGUGUUCAUCGCAACCCGCCGCCCGCUUUUUUAGACGCUGACCCUCCCCCGGGCUCGGACAAUGUUCGCCUGCUCUCUCACCUCAUCAACCCAGCCACCCCUCUCACUUUGGCUCCGAACCCCCCGCAGCCCCACCCAUCGUCGACUGCCACCGUCCCGGCUGGGCAGACAAGCGGAGGAGGAGGAGAAGGAGGAUUUGCGUUAGCUCCCCUUACCCCAGCGCCGUCAGCUCCCCCUGCCAGUCAUCCUCUGAGCCUGCCAACCCACGGCCCCCCCCUUGUUGUUGGGAAACCCCGUGACGGGGGAUCAUCUCUCCCACCUCCUCCGCAAAUGGGACCUCGCCCGCCGGACCCUUCCUUUGGUGUGAACCGCCCCCAAAUGUCUCAGCGUGUCCUACCUCCGUCCACAGCAAUGUUUCCUGGCCAGUCUUCCCUGGCACCCACCUCGCUCUCCAUCGCCAUGGCAGCCACUGGCAGUGUCAUAAUUCCAGGUCACGCCACGUCCCAGCCGGUCGUCAGUAGUGCCAUCGGGUGGUUGGAGCAGCCGGGCCGCCCAGACGCCAGCCCGCGUGACCUGGCACAGAUGCUCGGUGAACUUGGGCUGAGCAAAUACCUGGACAAGUUUGAGGAGCAGGACGUUGACCUCCAGGUGUUUCUGUCGCUCACCGACAACGACCUGAAGGAAAUUGGGAUCAAGUUAUUUGGUCCACGGAAAAAAAUGACCAAUGCCAUUGCCCGGUGGCACAGCCACGCCCCUAUUGGGAGUGACCAGGUGGAGCAGGCGUACGCUGACCGCCUGGAGGGAGAGAUGCAGGAGAUGGCCAUUCAGCUCAACCAGGCAUACGAGAAUGAAGAGCGUCUGAAGGCCCAGGUGCUGCAAGAGCGACAGCUGCGCUCUGUUACGGAGAGUUGCCUCAUGGAGGAGCGCGCCGGCUGGGACCGCGCCCGACGCAUGUUGCAAGAGACGCGCAGCAAGAUGCGAACCAUGGGCGAAAUUCUCUCCCGACUCAGACAUCAUCAGAAAGAACUUCGGAAGCAAACAGUGACGGCUGCCAAAAUCCUCAGCAAUCCAUCCACCAACAUGACAUCAGCAGCAAUGAGCGUCACUGGUGAUGCAAGCAGACCAGGUUUCCACUCUCCGGCUGUGUCGUUGCCACCCUCCUCCUCAGCCAAUGAUCCCUCCUUCGUGAAGGAUGCCGCUCAGCAUCCUGCGACGCACCACGCCCUUCUAGGGGUUGGUGAGGAGGCAGCCAAGAAGUCGGACAAAUGUCUGAAGGAGCUACAGCAGCUCCUGUGUGGCCUGGUGCUUAAUGCCGAUCACAUCCUCAAGUCCACUCAUGUGGUCAAUGGCGCGGGCAAGGAGAACUCCUGACCUUGACCGCAUGGGUCUCUUUUGUUGAUGGAAUAAUUCUAUAUUUGCAGUUGAUUGUGCGUUGACACAGGUGUGACAUUGCGCUUCCUCGGAAUUACAAAGUUCUAUCAAAGUUUUUGAGAAAUUUGACGUCAAAGAUUUAAAGUUUCACAUCAUGUCAAGCUUUUUCGAAACUAAUUCUUUGAAUAUCUUCAUAACGGCUCAGAAUAAUCUGACAAUUCUGAUAGAGCAGAUGGAACAUGUAGUUUUUAUCUCAUGAUCUUAAUUCAAAACGGCCCAAAAUGUCCGAUAGAACUUUGUAAUUUUGAGGUAGUGAUUGGCACAUAAACAGGAUAUGGACACUGACAGCAGAUAAUUUCCCUUGUUUGUAAAAUGAUAACAUUAACACUUUGAGGCCUGGUCCUCUGAAACUAAAGCAGAAUCUAGCCGGUUACCCAUCCCAUCAAGACAAAAUCUGGAAAAUUUGUGUUCAGUGUUUUUCCCAAAGACCCAACGUCAGGCCUCUGACCUGACUGGAUUCGAACCCAUUUUUUGGGGGGGGGUAAGCGUUUUACAGCGCUCGCAACUGCAUAAGGUCAUAU